AUGGCUUCAGUGCAGCAAAUUGUCAUGCACCCAUACGUUUCCCAGGUGCUUAAAUUUUGGAGUACUACAGUAGGACGUGACAAGACGUCUCGUGUCGUGCAAUAUCUCGCGCGAUUCCUGGCGUGGUACUAUGUGUCGGUCGGUGCGCCAAAAGAAACGGUCAUGCGCUUCUCGUCGAUCAAGUCUAACAUCGCGCUGAGCCGCAAGCUUUUCCGAAUUGGGAAAUUUCUUGAACAUUUCCAAGCUGCUCUGAAGGCGGUCGCGACACCAGACCCUGUGCUCAAGGUGACGGCUGUGGGCCGGCAGCUUGGCUACGCUUGCUACCUGAUACUCGACGCGCUCCAAUGGAUUCAUGGCGCUAAGGCCUACGCCUUUCAGAAAGAGACGUACCAGAAAAUUGCCAAGAACGCCGCACGCUUCUGGCUUAUUGGCCUGACAUUCUCGCUAAUCAGCGGUGCCUACAAAUCAUACCAUCUAUUGCAGCGCAACAAGCAUGCCAAGGCUCCGAGGGCGACGGCCGAGAAGGAGGCCGAGCGUCGCGUGGAGCUGCACCAAAUCGCGGCUGAGACCAAAGCUGUGCGUCUGCAGAUGCUCCAGGACCUGUGCGACUGGUUGAAUCCUGGAACGUCGACGGGCUGGCUCAACCUCAACGAUGGUGUCAUAGGUCUGGCUGGUGUCCUGUCGUCGAGCCUUGGCAUCCGCUCGCAAUGGAUCAAGGUGAACGGCGCUGCCAAGUAA